AGUGAGACUAGGCCGGCGCACAAACCAGAAGAAGAAAAUCAAAUGUGUACUGUCGCAAGAAUUCACGUUGAUUCAGUGCGAUGUAGGAAAGAAGUUUGUACAAUAUUUACGUUGUUUCUUCCUGCACUGUAAGCCACUGUAAUUAAUUGAAGAGAACAAGAAUUUAAAAUGCUGUUCUACUAAACUCAGCGUCCUUCUUGUCGCCACUCGGCAGUGUUUUGACUGUGGGAGUGGGGCUGCUCUUAGCGUGAAGCGUGGAUCAUGUUCGUGCUGGUGGAGAUGGUGGACACUGUGCGGAUCCCUCCGUGGAACUUCGAGAGACAACUGAAUGAUGCCAUAGCGGAGGAGCUGAACAAGAAGCUGGCCAACAAGGUGGUCUACAAUGUGGGUCUCUGCAUCUGCUUGUAUGAUAUCACCAAACUGGAAGACUCCUACAUUUUUCCCGGAGACGGCGCCUCACACACUAAAGUCCACUUCAGGUUUGUCGUCUUCCACCCGUUCCUCGAAGAGAUCCUCAUUGGCAAGAUCAAAUACUGCAGUCAGGAGGGAGUUCAUGUGACGAUGGGUUUCUUCGAUGACAUUCUGAUCCCACCUGAGUCUCUUCAGCAGCCUGCUAAAUUUGACGAGGCAGAACAGGUUUGGCUCUGGGAGUACGAGACUGAGGAGGGAGCACAUGACCUCUACAUGGACCAGGGAGAGGAGAUCCGUUUCCGUGUGGCAGAUGAAGUUUUUGUGGACACGUCGCCAACAGGGCCGGCCACCGCCACGCCUGACACUCCAGCCCAACCUGGACAGGCGACUGCACCGCCAGCACAAGAAAGUGGGGACAAAAAACAGGCUCCAUACACACUGAUUGGGACCAUCUGUGAGUCCGGACUGGGGCUGCUGUCCUGGUGGAACAGCUAGCACCACAGAGGAGGAGCAAACACGCGAUUGGACAUCUGUCAGCAGAUAGGGCGCUGCAGCUGAUCCGGAGACAUUUAGGACAGUAAACAGAAAUCUGCUGUUUUUGUCACAUGAGUCGAGCUGCGUUCUGGACAGAGCCACGCUCCGGUGUAGGAAGUAGCUGGCGUAAACGUGUCAUACUGGGUCCUCUGUGUAUUUGUUUACAAAACAAGUAUAUUCAUGUGAUUUCUACAACAUAAGUUUCCAAAAUAAAAAACAAAUUAAGCCAAUAAUAAUUUAUUUAUGUUCUACUGUAGUCUCUCAAUUCUUAGUAACUUAAAGUAAAAAAAGUACAGUUUCAUCAUAACCCCCUCCCCCCCAAAAAAAAAGAUCUAUAUAAAAGCCUUAAAAUAUGUAGCAGCAUAAUCACACACUGAUGAAGUUGUAAAGAAGACAAAUCCAACCUGGUUGCACAAUUAUCCUUCCUCUUUGCACAGUCCCUGCAGAGUGCUCUCUUCUUCAGCUCAGCCGAAAGGUUUUCUGAGGUUCUCCACGGGAUUUAGGUCGGGAUCCUGAGAUGAAAGAUUGAUUUUGAAAUUAUGGUUUCUUAAGAAACUAUCAUUUCUUAAGAGGGAAUAUUUAACAGGGUUUCUUCACAAUUUUAAAGUCUGGAUUGUGAUUACUUUCCAAGUCUGGGUAUUUAUGGAAAACGGUUUGAGUUUUCAGACCAUUUCUUCUCUGAUUAGCUAAAGGAAAAAACAUUCAUUUCUGAGGUAAUAAAGACUUCCUAUACAGUUUUACUUUCAGGUGAUAUAAUUAUUGUCAGUUUGACACACCGAAAUGUGAGUUUUUACCUAAGUCAUUGAUAAUUUUGAUUUAGGAGUUACUAACAGGUGGAAACACGCUCACUCAAAAAUCUAAAAAGGUAUAUUCAACCGCUUUUUCUGCCUUUUACAUCCUGGAUGUUAAACCAGACCAAAGGGUCUUGAUCGAAGCUCGGUUUAGAACAAAACAAAGUUUAAAUUCCUACUUUAUGGUGUUUUUAUGAAAUAAAGGUAUAGCUAUGAUUUGAAGUACAUUUGUUUAAUUUAGGAUCCGGUUCAGAGAUUUGAAGUUUGAUAGAUACGAACUGAUUUAAGUAGAAAUAGAUAAUUUCUGAAAAGAAGAGAAACCCUGCUAGGUGAAUUCUUUGUACUCAAAUGAUCCUAAUAUCAUGAAAACUGAGAGAAGAAUCUGAAAACUGAAAGUUUAGAAAUUUGAAAUAAAUUUGUUGAAACCCUAAUUUUUCCACUAAAUAAAUGUACUCCAAUUAAAGGCAGGAUCUUUGAGCUUUUCUGUGUGACAUUAUCCUGCUGCAGUAAAAGCAGAAACUAUUCUAAGGCUUUUUACCAGGAGUGCCAAUAAAUGUGGUUUAUAUUGCAGAUGUUUUAAAAUUUUAUUUGUCCUAAAAUGAGUUUUUGUGUGUGGGGAGAGACUAUUUUGUUGCAAUAAACUCUUCUUCUGCCUAACUGA